CUCGAGGCAGAAGAAAGCGAACACUUCGGUCGCCAGGGUGAUGUCUAUCACGACAAUCUGGUGCCUAAAGAGGCGGGAGAAAAUGAACCUGUUUUGAGACAUGAAGCGGUCGGUGGAACGAACAAAGAGGGCCGAGACCGAGGCAGCCGGUUUCCAAGAAGUCGAUUCCCGGUCUCGGAGAGCCCGCUUCGAUCACAUUCACCACUUCGGGCGCCUGAAGAGGGUCCCGACGGCUGGUCAGAUAGUGACCGAAGGGUUCUCGUCAAUGGCACUGUAUGGGUGGACAAAGGGUGGGAUGGUGCGCUUAUCGUGCAAAUCCCGUUGCAACAUAUUAUCGCCAGAUUUAUCAGAUUGCGCCUAAUCUCCGACGACGCCUGGAUCCUCCUGUCUGAAGUCCAGUUUAACUCGGGUGAGUUGAAAGUCGUUCCAGCAUAUCAUACCUUUUUUUAA